AUGCAAGCUGAAGGUCUUGGUACAUUCAGUGCGGGGAUCAUGCAUCCUGACAACUCGGAUGCCGUCCAGACGGAGGAGAAGAUCUGGGACCUCACAAUGCGUGUGAACUUCAAAGGGGUCUGGUGGGGUUGCAAGUAUGGCAUCCAGGCAAUGCUCGCUAACCCCGUGGAUGAGAGCAAGGGCCUGAAGCCGGGCGGAAGCAUCAUGGUUCCAGAUACCGCAAGCAAGGGCGCCGUCAAUGGUGAAUGUGCCCUUAAGCUUCAGCCCCAGCUCGCCAAACCCACCAAGCAAGCCAGGGGAGUGGGGGUGGGGAGAAUUAUCCAUCUGAAUUCAAAGCGCCUGAACGGCAAUCUGCUGCCCUACCCAAUCCGGCUGGAGUCGACCAACCAAGAGCUCGCGGCGAUCCUCAAGAACCAAGUGAUCCGGAUCAAAAAUGUCCUCUCAAGCCUCCAACUCCGCACCCUUGGCCGCAUCUGUGAGGUCUUGUUGGCCCUUGGCAAUGCCAUUAAGAUCCAGCCUAACGUGCUCCUGCAUGAACUCAAAUUUUUUGGACUUGCAACCAAUACUGCCGGCCUGUUUUGA